AUGCCUUGGGCGGGCUUGGCUACCAUAUUCCUGGCUGUUUCUGGUGUCUAUGGCAGUCGGCUAGACACCAGUGGCUUCCAGGAGUGCAAGAGCAGACAAAAUCUUUCGUCGAUAGCGGCGCGCAAUCUUGUCCAGACGGUCCCUGAUGCUGAGAGAAUCCGCGAAUCGGUUCGCUACUACACCAACGGGUCCCAUGUAGCAGGACAGGGCCUCCAACAGGCGCUGUGGACCCAGGAGUUGUGGGAUGCCAUUGGCCUCCCCAACACACGUGUGAAAUCCUAUAGCACCAACCUGACGCUGAACAAUGAACAUCGAGUCGCGCUGCUGGACACGGCACGCGAGGGAGAUCCAGUGGUCUAUGAAGCGCCAUUGAUUGAGGACAACGCCCCCACAGCUGGCGAUGGACAGCCACCUUUUAUUCCGGCUUUCUUCGCGUGUGCCGGGGAGGGCAAUAUCACCGCCCAGUAUAUAUUCGCCAACUAUGGAACGCAAGAGGAUUACGAUGAUCUGGUGAGUGCAAACAUCAACAUCACGGGAAAGAUCGCGUUGGUCAAGUCUACGUAUGAAUCCGCUGUCUUGAAAAAAUACAAUCUGCCGUAUCACCGCGCGAACCAGGAAGCAGUCGCCGUAGAGAGGGGUCUCGCGGGGAUGCUGAUCUACCCUGAUCCUCAAAUGGAUGGCGAGAUUAUUGUAGAGAAUGGAUAUCAACCAUUCCCGGAUGGGCCAGCCCGGCCCCCAUCUUUGAUUGAGCGAGGAUCACUGGGGGCAUGCUCGUCUGAUCGGAUUCCCGCCAUGCCCAUUUCGUACGCCGAUGCGAUUCCGAUGCUGCGCGCCCUCAAUGGCCAUGGCCCCCUAGCAGCAGAUUUCAAUGACAGGUGGCAAGGAGGCGCGCUCACUUCGCACGACGUUACGUACAAUGUCGGGCCUUCGCCGGAGAACGUGGUCGUGAACGUGUAUAAUAACCCGCGUCGCUGGGUCGGCCCUAUCCAUGACGUUAUCGGGACCAUCCCCGGCUGCGCCUUUCCAGAGGAGGUGAUUGUUCUUGGAAAUCACCGUGACGCCUGGGGUCCGGGUGCGGGAGAUGGAAACAGUGGAUCUGCGGCACUGAAUGAAGUGGCACGAAGUCUCGCAACGGCCCUGAAAGAAGGUUGGCAGCCGUUACGAACCAUCAUCCUCGCCAGCUGGGAGGGCGAAGAGAUCGGCCAGGUGGGGUCGCGCCCAUGGCUCACAGAAAAUGAGUCCCAGAUGAACAGUAGUCUUGCGGCAUAUUUAAAUGUGGUCGUUGCAGGCGCAGGCACCAAGUUUCAUGCUCAAGGGAGCCCACUGUUGGCACGAGCGAUGCACGAUGCUACCGGCCAAGUGGAAGCCCCUCGAGAGGAAGGCGGCACGGUACAAACCAUCCUCGAGGCUUGGGGGGAUGAGCUUGGUCUGGGUACCGGCGGCGACGCAAUAGCCUUUCAGUCAUAUGGAUAUUCAGUUGCGGACUUUGGCUUCUCGCGUGGGCCAACCGAUCCUGUUUUCCCGUACCAUUCACUAUUCGACUCGUAUGCCUGGAUGGAACAAUACGGAGAUCCCGGCUUUGAGUACCAUUUGGCGACCACCAAGAUCUGGCUACAGCUGGCAACAUCUCUUGCAGAUGAGGCGAUUCUGCCCUACCGCGUCCAGGCGUAUGCGUCCGUCUUCCAGUACGGCCUCGAAUCACUCAGCGCCAUAGCAAACCUGUCGUCACACCUCGAGCUGACGUCGCUUAAGGCGGUGAUCGAUGAUUUCGCGCAGGCUUCGGCGGCGUUUGACGCAUAUAGCGACUCGCUUACCGACCAAGUGCAACAACAACCCGCUUUGAACGGUACCCUUCUUGCUCAGGUCCAGUCCGUCAAUCACAUAUAUACCAAUUUUGAGCGUCUCCUGGGUGAUCCAGAUCUUCCUGUGGGUGAUCGAGGCCACCAUCUUAUCAUUCAGCCUGGCCCGUAUUACUUUCAGACAAAGCCUUUCCCUGGCCUAAUGAAUGCUAUUGCUGCUGGGAAUUGGACCUUAGCUGCAGCAUAUCGCGACAAGAUCGUAAAUCAGCUCAACAGGGCUGUCGAUGUUCUUCAGUGA